GCCAGUCAGCGCCUGACCGUCAGUGAGUUGGUGUGUGUGCGCGGAGCAAGCGUCUUUCUGUGGCUCUUGUGUUGUGAAUCAGUGCCGCGUGACAUGGGCCUCUGAUGUGUUAAGAGCGAGGCAACGAAACAAGAUCGUCAUUACUCGCAUCUACCAUUCGACAGGACGUGAUGCGUGUCGAAAGCAGCGAAGCCGUGGUGGGCGGCAUCGGAGACAUGGUGCGCUCCGAGGGAAUGGGCGUGAAAGGUACUGUCAGCCCGCCCCUGAGUGCUGCUGUCUCUCAGGUGUCGCUAGCACCCAGCGACCUGACGACAAGCGAUCCUGAUCUGGUCACUUCGUCCGCCUAUUCGUCAGCGGCGUCCUCCCGGCCACCCUCGUCCUCGCAAGUGUCUCUCCCUACCACAGACUUGGACCUCACGCCGGAGUCGCCGCCGCCGUCUGCCCCUCCCUCCAGACCCGCCUCCUGUUCCGGCCUGGUGACUCCCGAAUUGGCUCUGCCCACUCCAGAGGAGUACACAGCAGAGACAGUGGAGUUCCCCACGAGUCCACGGGCACUGAAGGGUGGCAGCAAGCGAGGUGCAGGAGUGUGCUUCCUUGAGACCGAUGAGGUGCUGUCCGCUAACUUUCUGACUCCAAACUAUAAAUUAGAUGAUUCUGAGUUGUGUGAUGACUCUCCUAAACAAGGCAAUGGCUUUGAAGUUGGUAGUGACCAGGAAGAAGAUUAUUUUGAAGAAUUUCACCUCCCAAACUCCCAUGAAAAUGCAUUUGUGAGACACAAAAGCUUCCGCCGCAAGGUGCACCUGACUCCCAUUAAUGCUCCUGAUGCUGAAAAGAUUGAGGGACUCGUUCGCACUGGAGAGUUUCAGAGACAUGGCAGUAUUAGGAGAAAAAUGGUGCCUGAGGAACCCAGCAUAAUUCUUGAAAAUGCAGAAAGUUCAUCCAAGCUUGAUCAAAUUGGUAAUGAAACAAGUAUGGAUAAUGAUAUUGUUGGACCAUUUGCCAAGGACCUGAAGGAAAUUGAAAGCAUGUUAAAUGACAGUGAAGUUGGUGAUGUGUCAGAUAUUAUUGUUGACUUCUCAAAUGAGGCUGACAGGAAGGCAAUGGGAGAAGGAGGGAAUCAAGCCACUACAUCUACACCAAAAUCCAGUACAAAUGGUAGUGCAAGCUUUGGUGCAGUGGACUGUUCCAUUAACUGUAGGGAAGAACUAUCAUGUGAUGAAAGCUUGAGCAUCGAACAAACCACGUUAAUGAAGGUUCGUGAAUGUUUGGAUUUUACAAGAUUAAAAGAUAUCUAUGUUCUCAGUGGAAGACUACAAGAUAUACUUACUGCCAAAGAAGUUGAAGAAAUUUUGAAUAACUCUGAAAGAUAUAGUGAGUAUGUGAACAAAGAGGUGAUUGAAGCACUGCAUAACUCGCUGCAGGAACAACAGAACUCGGACAGUAGCAUUGGUGAGAUAGACAGCAGCCUUUCAUGCUCAAAAAAAAUUAUACAUGCUGAAGGUGUUGAUAUGGAAAAUGGUGAAGCAUCUGACAUUCGAGCUGUGAUUGAUGACAGUGAACUGCAGGAUGAAGAAGCUGAAACCAAUGUCUCCAAGAGAUCGUCUUGUAUGUUUGUUGACGAUGAUGAAGAAGAAGAGGACACUAACUUUAGGUUUGAGCGCCGCAGGUCUUUCAGACUCGGAAAGGAAGGAGAGAAGCAAGUAGAAGUAGAGGGAGUGUUCGUUGAGAGUCGGUCUCAAGAUAUCGGCCUCAAGAAGAUCAAAGCCCCAACUCUUGAUCUGAGUGGAAAUGUCUCGGAAGAAUUAACUGAUCCCUCGGAACUCCCAACUACUGAAACCAGUGAAGACCCUGUCCCUGCUACCCCAAUGACUUCUACCAGUAAGAGUGAGACUCAGCCUCUAGAACCUCCAGCUGUUCUCCCAGACAUAGUGAUCACAGUUGCCGGGGAAAAUGUGCUACAGGAUGAUGAUGAGAAUAUGUACUUACCCAAAUGCAGUGCCAUUACAGAGAGUGAUUGUUCUGUUCCUGAGGUAUCCUUUAGUGAUUCUUCUUCUGAGCAAGAGAGACCCAAGUUUGGUGACUGCGACAUUCUGAUUCAUCGAAGAAGAAUCUCUGUGGCUGAAGACAUCUUGCAGUCCCCAGUUGAUGAUGACAACAUAUCUGUCGCAUCUGCCUUCAGUCAGCGCAGUGAAGCUGAAGAUGAAGCAGAAGAUGACUUGGAUGCCUUCACGGAGUCUGCUGCAGCUGACUUCAGGUAUGAAAGUGACUCUGAAAUUGACCCUCUGCCACCUCCACCUCCACAAAUGAUCCCUGAGCUCACAGCUGCUGAGGAAAGUUUUGAAGAGAGACACUGGAGGAACAUUGUGAUUGGAGGAGUGUGGCAUCGCAUUGACAUGAAGGUCAUUGCUCCUUAUAAAAAGUGUGUGAGUCACGGAGGUUACCUUGGCCAGAACAGGAAUGCAGUCAUAGUGAUCAGUGCCUGUGAACUGCCCGAUCGCUCCCGGCGAGACUACAAUUAUGUAAUGGAUAACUUGUUCUUAUACGUGUUGUCCACUCUAGAACAAUUGAUUGCAGAUGACUAUAUCUUGCUCUACCUUGCUGGAGGCACACCAAAGUCUAGCAUGCCAAGCUUUCACUGGCUGAAGAAAGCCUACCAGAUGAUUGACCGCAAACUGCGAAAGAAUCUCAAAACUCUCCAUGUAGUGCAUCCCACAUUCUGGGUGCGGGCACUGGUGGCCUUCUCCAGACCCUUCAUCAGCACUAAAUUCUACCGGAAGCUGACCUUUGUGAACAAUUUGACUGAACUUGCUCAGAUGAUCCCACUGGACCAGCUACACAUACCAGAUGCAGUCAAACAGGAAAAUGAUGUAAGUACUGUUUUUUUUAAAUUAUGGUGCUUUACUUGAUGGGCUCUACAUACAUGGUUGGCGGGCGGACUUCGAGAUGAUGAUCCGUGAAAAGAAGAAGAAUGCUGGCAAGAGAAGACCUUAUUCCCUCACAGCAAGAUGAAGGCCUCUCCGUAGUUCAUGAUUGAAUACACAUGUGUACUCUUUCUCUAUUCAGAGCAGAUGUUGAAUGGUGAUACUUCAUCAAAACAUUCUCUUGCACUGGAUCACUUAGGAGUGAAGCAAAGUUGUUCAUUGGAUGCAUAUUUUUUGUCAUAACCAGAUUGCAAGAAUCAUGGAAUUCUGUUUUACAGCUGUAAUUUUUUACUGAAAUUCCAUAUUCUCCAAACAAAUGCAGUGAUUAGAGAAGAGAAAAUAUAUGGUGAUAAUGUUGAAGAUUGUAAUAGCCAAUUAUUGACAUAUAGUAUUUGCAGUUAAGCAGAAUAUUGAUAUGCAGAUUGUAUAAUUCAGUUAUCAUCUUAUCAUUUUCUUUUUCACCAUGUAAGCUUCUUUUUUUUUCAGUUUGAUCAUAUUUAUAAUUAAUAUUGAAAUAUGAAAUUCCUGUGAUGCAUUUGAUCAGUGUACAGAUGAGAAAUAGCCUUCAUUUCAUCAAUGAUGAAAGAAAGUAUGUAAAGUUAGCACUUGUAUAUAUUGCAAUAUUGUGAUAUAAUGUGAUACUUACUUAAAUUUAAUAUAAGAUACAAUUAAGCUAGGAAGCUCUAAUAUGCAGACUUGUUGAGGGUGUGGUGAGUGAGUAGUAUUUCCCAGUGAUGCCUGUGUGGUUGUUUCACAAGGUCACACUGCAGAACAGGUAUAGAGAAAGGCAGAACAGCCUUGUAGAUCUGUUUCUGGUCAUUAAGUGCAAUGCUGGGAGGUUGUGGUGCUCAGCUGACUAAAGUUAACUUUAUCCUUACUCAAGGAAACAAGAUCACUUAAGUCUUCUGUAUUGAAAGCAUUGGAAAAUUAUAUGAAAAAAAUUAUAUAAGUAUAAGGUGAAGUGUGGAGCCCAGGUGUUUGUAAAUAUGGAGGCUGAGAGCUUUCCAAGAGGUUGUGUUAUUCCAGGAGUGGCCAAGUUAGUCUGUCAGUCUUGUACACAGACAGUAUUUCAUAUGAGCCUAGGUGUAUAAUUUUGCCAAAACUAGUCUAUCAUUCCUGUCUAAAAUUAUGCACUUAGUUGUUGAACACAGAUGUUUCACUGUAAAGUAUAAUUAGUAUGUAACUGAAAGCCAAAUUUAGUUACAGUUUUGUUAACUUAUGUUCUCAAGAUGCUUAUUAAUUAAAAUAUACAAAAGCAACAUUCUAUGAAACCUGGACCACUCAACUGAAGCCAAGGUGAUGGAUGUGCUUGUAAAUACAUUUAUUUAUACA